ACACCAUCUUUUUUCGAUCAGCCGCCCCCCCGCCUAACCGAAGAUCGAUCGGAAGCGUGAAAGAGGAAUUAGGUUGAGGGAGGAGAGGGCUCAGAGACAUGGCGGAGGCGAGGAAGGUGGUCGUCGCCGCUCUCCAGUUCGCUUGCUCGGAUACUGUCUCGGAGAACGUCGACACCGCCGAAAGGUUGGUUAGAGCUGCUCAUAAAGAGGGGGCAAACAUCAUACUUAUUCAGGAACUUUUUGAGGGUUAUUAUUUCUGUCAAGCCCAACGGGCAGAUUAUUUCCAACGUGCCAAGCCUUAUAAAGGGCAUCCUACAAUUCUAAGGAUGCAGCAACUUGCUAAAGAGUUGGGUGUUGUAAUACCUGUGAGCUUUUUUGAGGAGGAAAAUAAUGCCCAUUACAAUUCAGUAGCUAUAAUUGAUGCAGAUGGGACAGAUUUAGGAUUAUACAGGAAAUCACAUAUUCCAGAUGGACCAGGCUACCAGGAGAAGUUCUAUUUCAACCCAGGUGACACUGGCUUUAAGGUCUUCUCCACCAGAUUUGCGAAGAUUGGUGUCGCAAUUUGCUGGGAUCAGUGGUUCCCCGAAGCUGCUAGAGCUAUGGUCCUUCAAGGAGCAGAGAUAUUACUGUAUCCGACCGCCAUUGGAUCUGAACCACAAGACCAGGAGCUUGAUUCUCGUGAACAUUGGAAGCGUGUAAUGCAAGGUCACGCCGGAGCUAAUUUGGUUCCACUGGCAGCUUCUAACCGUAUCGGAAAGGAGACAAUUAGAACAGAGCAUGGUACUAGCACAAUCACUUUCUAUGGAAAUUCAUUCAUUGCAGGCCCUACUGGAGAAAUAGUGGCACUUGCAAGUGACACGAACGAGGAGAUUCUGGUUGCGGAGUUUAACCUGGAUUACAUCAAAACUCUAAGGCACAGUUGGGGGGUUUUUAGAGAUCGGCGUCCAGACCUGUACAAGGUGUUGUUGACCCUCGAUGGCUCCAAAUAAUCGAUGGAUGUUAAUGUGUCACUAUCCGAUAAAUCCUGAAAAUAAUUAUUGGUUGUCAUAAUGAACCAAUCAUUGGAAAACUUUCACAUCAUGCAAUCGAUAUUUCCGACA